AUGCUGGGGACACUGGUCUGGAUGCUCGUGGCCGCCUUCCUGCUGCCGCUGCCGCCCAGCCGGACGGCGGGCGCGCCCAGGAGCGGCAGGCGGCCCGCGCGGCCGCGGGGCUGCGCCGACCGGCCCGAGGAGCUCCUGGAGCAGCUGUACGGGCGCCUGGCGGCCGGGGUGCUCAGCGCCUUCCACCACACGCUGCAGCUGGGGCCGCGCGAGCAGGCGCGCAACGCGAGCUGCCCGGCAGGGGGCAGGCCCGCCGACCGCCGCUUCCGGCCGCCCACCAACCUGCGCAGCGUGGCGCCCUGGGCCUACAGGAUCUCCUACGACCCGGCCAGGUACCCUAAGUACCUGCCUCAAGCCUACUGCCUGUGCCGGGGCUGCCUGACGGGGCCCUUCGGCGAGGAGGACUUCCGCUUCCGCAGCACGCCUGUGUAUGUGCCCACGGUCGUGCUGCGCCGCACGGCAGCCUGCGCCGGCGGGCGCGCCGUCUACACCGAGCACUACACCACCAUCCCCGUGGGCUGCACCUGCGUCCCCGAGCAGGAGAAGGACGCCGACAGCCUCAACUCCAGCAUGGACAAGCAGGGCGCCAAGCUCCUGCUGGGCCCUAACGACCAGCCGGCUCCGUGAGCAGAGGCACCCCCGAGGUGGCUGGGGGCUGGCUGGGGGCUGCGGUGCGCCAGGGCGGCAUGGGGCCCGGCUGGGAGGCUGUGUAGACGUGGGAAACGCUGGGAAGUAGACUUAGAUUCGCUUCGUCUCGUUUUAAAAAGUUGAGACUAAAUACUUUUUUAUGCAACAGUUUUGAAUAGGGGUGG